AAACGGUUAAAAAACAACUAAAAAGUUCUUCAUUAGAUGUUUUUAAAUUUCAAAAAAGGUCAUCAUUUUUAAGUUACCAUUUUCUUUUUCUUUUGGAACUCAAAGGCGGGUAGCUGAGAUCGUCUUUCUCCGGUUUCCUCAUUGUUUUUGUUUUUCGCAGUUAAUACAAGAUGGCUGAUGGUGAGGAUAUUCAACCACUUGUCUGCGACAAUGGAACUGGAAUGGUCAAGGCUGGAUUUGCUGGUGAUGAUGCUCCAAGGGCUGUGUUCCCUAGCAUCGUGGGGCGUCCACGUCACACUGGUGUGAUGGUUGGUAUGGGUCAAAAAGAUGCAUAUGUUGGGGAUGAGGCUCAGUCCAAACGUGGUAUUUUAACUCUGAAGUAUCCGAUUGAACACGGUAUUGUUAACAACUGGGAUGAUAUGGAAAAGAUUUGGCAUCAUACCUUUUACAAUGAACUUCGUGUGGCUCCCGAAGAACAUCCGGUUCUUCUUACCGAGGCGCCUCUUAACCCUAAAGCCAAUCGUGAGAAAAUGACCCAAAUCAUGUUUGAAACCUUCAAUGCUCCGGCUAUGUAUGUUGCUAUCCAGGCUGUUCUCUCCCUAUAUGCCAGUGGUCGUACAACUGGUAUUGUUUUGGACUCUGGAGAUGGGGUGAGUCAUACUGUCCCCAUAUAUGAAGGAUAUGCCCUCCCUCAUGCCAUCCUCCGUCUCGACUUAGCGGGUCGUGAUCUUACUGAUGCCCUUAUGAAAAUCUUGACUGAACGUGGUUAUUCAUUCACCACUACAGCUGAGCGUGAAAUUGUGAGGGAUGUGAAAGAGAAGCUGGCAUAUAUUGCACUGGACUAUGAACAAGAGCUAGAAACUUCCAAAACUAGUUCUUCCAUUGAGAAGAGCUAUGAGUUGCCUGAUGGCCAAGUGAUCACCAUCGGCGCUGAGCGCUUCCGAUGCCCAGAAGUCCUUUUCCAACCUUCCAUGAUUGGAAUGGAAGCUGCUGGCAUUCAUGAAACCACCUACAACUCUAUCAUGAAGUGCGAUGUCGACAUUAGGAAGGAUUUGUAUGGAAACAUUGUUCUCAGUGGUGGAACUACUAUGUUCCCUGGAAUUGCUGAUAGAAUGAGCAAGGAAAUCACUGCCUUAGCCCCAAGCAGCAUGAAAAUUAAGGUGGUGGCUCCACCUGAAAGGAAAUACAGUGUCUGGAUUGGAGGCUCCAUCUUAGCAUCUCUCAGUACUUUCCAGCAGAUGUGGAUUGCUAAGGCGGAGUACGAUGAAUCCGGCCCCUCUAUUGUGCACAGGAAGUGCUUCUAAUUCUUCAAAGAGUGCAAGAGGCGCAAAAGUAAUGUCUUGUUUUUUUAUUUGGCAAAACAAUUGCAGCUCGCAAGCUUCUUUUUUUUUAAUCUAUAUGCCAUUUCUCUUUAUUCUUUUAUUUAUUUUUUCUUUUAAUGUUCAUAUUGUCGGAAAACAAUGAACCAAGAAUGGCGGAGAUGACGAUAGUGUUGAAAAUUCUCUCGUUCUUAUUUAAGUGUUGUUGAAUGAAUUUUCCAUUCAAGAACUGCCAUAAGGGUAAAUGAAAAUGAAUGAAUUCAGAGUUA